AGAGAGAGAGAGAAGAACUAAUAAUAGUGAGUGAGAGAGAGAGAGUGUCUCUUCUCUUGUCCCAAAUUGUAUGCUGAGCCAUACAAUUCACAAAUCAAUUUCUCCCUUCUCCCUAUCAUGGAAAUGAAAUCACUCCCGUCUCCUCUUCAUCCUCAUCUUCAUCAUCAUCCUCAUCAUCAUCAUCAUCUACUGCGCUCUUAUUUGAUUACCAAUGUCCUUCUCCGAUUCAGAGUCAUCCUCUCAUGGGGGAGAUUCCUACAAGUUCUUUCGUCAGAUCAGCCGCGAUCGAUUGCUACACGAGAUGCUUGGAUCUACCAAAACCGGGGAUUCUAAAGCUUGGAAGAUACUAAUAAUGGAUAGAGUUACGGUCAAAGUAAUGUCUCAGUCUUGCAAGAUGGCAGAUAUCACUGAUCAAGGCAUUUCCUUGGUUGAAGAACUUUUUAAGAGGAGGGAACCAAUGCCUGGCAUGGACGCUAUCUACUUUAUCCAACCUACCAAAGAGAACAUUGUUAUGUUUCUAUCCGACAUGUCUGGCAGGGAACCUUUGUAUAGGAAGGCAUUUAUCUUUUUCAGCUCCACUAUCCCCAAAGAAUUGGUCAAUCACAUCAAAAGUGAUUCAAGUGUAUUGCCACGCAUUGGUGCAUUAAGAGAGGUUACUCCUAUAUAUCAUCCCUUCCCUUUAUUACUCUUGUACCCCUUUUUGUUUUUUAAUCAUUUUCUUCUGCUGAUCCUACAUUUUCUUACUACUUUUAAUACGCAGAUGAACAUGGAGUAUUUCCCCAUAGAUAACCAGGGAUUUCUAACUGAUCAUGAGCAAGCAUUGGAAACUCUCUAUGCUGAAGAUGCUGAGAAUUCACGCCACUUUAAUAUUUGUUUGAAUAUGAUGGCUACUAGAAUUGCUACCGUAUUUGCUUCGUUGAAGGAAUUACCCUUUGUUCGGUAUCGAGCUGCUAAGUCUACGGCUACGCGUGACUUGGUUCCCUCAAAGCUUGCUGCUGCUAUUUGGGAUUGUAUCUCAAAAUAUAAAGCCAUUCCCAACUUUCCCCAGACCGAAACAUGUGAGCUGCUCAUUGUGGAUAGAUCUGUGGAUCAGAUCGCGCCUAUCAUACAUGAAUGGACCUAUGAUGCUAUGUGCCAUGAUUUGCUUGACAUGGAUGGGAAUAAACAUGUCAUUGAGGUUCCUAGUAAAACUGGUGGGCCUCCAGAGAAAAAGGAGAUAGUGCUUGAAGAUCAUGAUCCAGUGUGGCUUGAGCUUCGACACACACACAUAGCAGAUGCUAGCGAGCGUUUGCAUGAGAAAAUGACCAACUUUGCUUCAAAGAACAAAGCCGCACAAAUGAGAUCAAGGGACGGUAGCGAGUUGUCUACACGAGAUCUGCAGAAAAUAGUUCAAGCUUUGCCACAAUAUGGAGAACAAGUUGACAAACUCUCCACUCACGUAGAGCUAGCCGGAAAAAUUAACAGAAUAAUCAGAGACACAGGACUUCGGGAUCUUGGGCAGCUGGAACAAGAUCUUGUUUUUGGAGACGCAGGUGCCAAGGACGUUAUCAACUUUCUGAGGACAAAUCAGGACACAAACCCAGAAAACAAAUUACGGCUAUUGAUGAUUUAUGCAACAGAGUACCCCGAGAAGUUUGAAGGUGACAAGGGUGUAAAGCUAAUGCAGCUUGCUAGAUUAUCACCUGUGGAUAUGAAGGUUAUAAGCAACAUGCAAUUGAUAGCUGGAUCUCCAGACAACAAGGCUAAAUCCGGUAGUUUCUCCCUCAAAUUUGACGCUGGAAAGACAAAACAAGCAAACAGAAAAGACCGAUCUGGUGAAGAAGAAACAUGGCAACUGUUCCGGUUUUAUCCCAUGAUCGAGGAGCUGCUUGAGAAACUCGUGAAAGGCGAUCUAUCUAAUAGCGACUAUCUAUGUAUGAACCAAUCAAGUCAUAAGGAGGAAAAUGAACCAAGAACAGGAUCAGUAAGGAAGAGUUCUGCUCCUACAGCGGUUCCAGAGCGAAAAGCCACCCCUCAUUCUAUGAGGUCAAGAAGAACUGCAACUUGGGCGCGUCCUCAGUCUUCUGACGAUGGAUAUUCCAGUGAAUCAGUGUUGAAAAGUGCUUCAACGGACUUCAAGAAGUUGGGGCAACGCAUCUUUGUAUUCAUUAUUGGCGGGGCAACUCGAUCCGAGCUCCGAGUUUGCCACAAGUUGACAAGCAGUUUGAGGAGAGAAGUGGUACUAGGCUCCACUAGUUUCGACGAUCCCCCACAGUACAUCACGAAGCUGAAAUUGCUGUCGGAAAAAGACUUAACAGGGGCACCUGCUCAGCCCUUCAAACCACAAUACUGGUGAAUUUGACACGGCUUGAGUCUCAGAAUGUUUUUAGGAGAAAAAACAAAGAAGCUAAUAUUGUUGCAAUUGAAAGAAGAGUAGAAAAGUAAACCAGCAUACACUUGUUCAGAGACAAGACUUGGAUCAGGUUAGUAGAAGCGUUGAGGGAAGACUUUUUUUUUUUUUUUUUCGUCCCAUUCCCUCACCUUUUGCUUAUUUUCUUUAUUUUUACUUUUCCAUUUGGAUCCUACUCUAUAUAGUUUUGUGUCACAAUCAAACUCUAUAUGUUAGUCUCUACGUCGACUUAAUGUAAAAAAAAAGUGAAGAAUUUGUUUAAACUUUUGGCUAUCAUUUGUAUCUUCUGCUGUUAGUUUAUUA